UUUAGGGAUGUUCUUCGCUUGACUUGUGCCAGGCCGCUACAGUACGAGCACGAGCAAAAAAUAGGGGGUUUCCAUGCAGUCCCAGUACAGGCUCCGUCUCCGCAAAAUUGGGGGAAAGUGUAGGUACAGUAAGCCAAAGAGCCAUGUUAUCCGACUUUCCUAACGAACCUCCGAGAUGUGAAUUACUGCAGCUGCGUCAACCAAGAAACCGUUCUGCUGUUAUUACCACAUUUCCUAGAGAAAGUCCAAGUUUGAUGAUGGGUUGUAUAGAGAGAGGGUCUUGUCAUUGAUCAGUGGAUUUUCUUCUUCUUCUUUCUCUUUUCUCUCCGAAAUUCAAGAUACCUCCCUAUAGCAGGUGACCUCGAACACUUCAACCGUCUCGCCACCUUUUUUUGGUUCUUGUCAGCACGAAAGAGUCGUCGUGUUUUGUACAACCACCGACUACGAGUAUUGGGUUUUGGGGAGAAGGAUUGGUGAUUCGCCAACCACCGACCACUGACCGCAUCGGUUACCACACGCGCGCACGAGUACAAAUCUCAAUCACGACCGAGACCGCAGAAACCCAUACCGUCGAAGGACAUUUCAACCCCCCCGGGGCUGUCCCUUGUAAGGAAGAACUCGAGACAGACGAGACAAAAACAUAACAAUGGCGGUGCCACAACAACAACCACGAAUAUCUACCAACAGCCUCCCUUUACCGAAUGCGCGAUUCUUCUUCGUCAACCCAUCCCGCGUACGAUCCUACCUCCUCCGCUUGCCUCUCUUCACGCGACUCAUCCUCCUGGCCAUCGUCGCGUUCUGGUUACUCGAGCUCCAGACCGUAUGGAGCGUCACCCAGUGGGGGGCCCUGAUCCCCAAAGAGGUUGGGUUCGGGACCAUGUACAGACUCAACACUUUUCCCUUGAUACACAUGGGUUUCUUCCAUAUGCUCAUGGACACGAUAUGUUUGGUCCCGCUACUGGAGAGGUUCGAGGCCGAAUGGGGGACCUUGACCACCCUGGCUCUGUUUAUGGGUCCUUUGGGUCAAAUACCAGCAGUUUUAUACUUGAUAUUUGAUGGGUUGAUUCUAAGAGACAACACUCCAGUACUUGGGUCGAGUGUCUGGGUGUUCUUACUCCUAGCGGCCGAGUCGAUCAAAACGUACCGUGCGAAUCCACAUAUAGAGAUCUCGGGACAAAAAAUCCCAACGUGGAUUACACCGCUCGCCAUCGUGGUCGUUACCUCUGUUCUGAUACCAAACACUUCAUUUCUAGGACAUUUGAGCGGUUGCAUUACUGGCUAUUUGUGUGAGUUUUUUUAUUUCAAAACAUGCGACCCCAAUCGUGAGAAACGGCUAACAAGUGCUUCUCUUUACAGGGGGACUGGGAUAUAUACGAUUCCUGGCACCACCGGAAAAGGUCCUUCGUUGGAUCGAGGGCAAACUCAACCUCCUGGGCAGACUACCUCACUAUGUUUCUGUCGACCAAAAGACUUAUGGAAGAUAUGGUGUUUUACCCACGAGCUCCACGGCUGGACCAGGUGAGCAUAUGAGUCCAAUUGGACUGGGUUGGAUCGGAGGAGGCUCUGGCUCUGGCGGACAAAGGCUCGGCCCCUGAACUCGUGAUGCUGCCUUUUCAAGGGCUGGAAUACAGUAUAGCAUAGUAUAUUAUGGCAUGGCAUAGCAGGACAGGGCAUGAUUUGGACGUGAUCUAUUUGGAUACGAAAAGGCAUUGCGGGCUCAUUCUCAAUUCUUUGUAUGAUCCCUCUCAUCGGGCAACUCGGCUCGUUCUCCGUCACUCAGGCGUGCAGGACCUUCGCCAUCUGGGAAUGGCUCAUAUUUAUCGAUGAGAUAAUACAUGUCAUCGAAGGCUCUAUGAUAUUGAUCAGCAUCAGCUUCUCUCUCACUUGAAGAUGACUUGUACUAGAUACUCUGACGUGGAACAGGGAAAUUGUCACUCACCUCUGUCGGACGGCCUUGCCUUGGCCU